GAAAGAAGGAAGGGCGUUCCCGCGCGACAAGAAGGAAGAUUUCAUGGCGGCCAGUUACCCGUAUGGACAGGGCUUCCCUGGGACUGCAGGACAGGCUCCAGGAGCUCCUCAAGGCAGCUAUCCUGGUGGACAGUAUGGAAGUGGACAGCCUUCUGGAGGAGCAUAUGGGAGCCCAGCACCUGGAGGCCCAUAUGGGCCACCGCCUAGUGGAGACCCAUAUGGAUACUCUUCCUCUGGCUCUCCGGGAGGAAUGUAUGGGGGUGGCCCAGUCCCAGGAGGGUCGUAUGGGCAGCCUGCCAAUCCCUAUGGUGCUCCCCAGCCUGGACCUUAUGGAGCAUCUUAUGGUCCUGGAGGCCAUGUUCCCCCUGGUAUGGACCCGGAAGCUUUCUCUUGGUUCCAGAGUGUAGAUGCUGACCACAGUGGCUACAUCACGACCAAGGAGCUCACGCAGGCCCUUGUCAACUCCAAUUGGUCUGCUUUCAGCGAUGAUACUUGCUUGAUGAUGAUGAACAUGUUUGAUAAAAGCAAAUCUGGUCGGAUCGAUCUCUAUGGGUUUUCAGCCCUGUGGCGUUUUAUUCAACAGUGGAGGAAUCUGUUCCAGCAGUUUGAUCGGGACCAUUCAGGAAACAUUACUUGUAAUGAGCUACACCAAGCUCUUUGCCAAAUGGGGUACAACUUGAGCCCCCAGUUUUCCCAGCUGCUGGUGUCCCGUUAUUCACAGAAGGGCUGCACUCCUGGCAUUCAGUUGGACCGCUUCAUCCAGACCUGCACUCUCCUUCAAACCAUGACCGAAGCCUUCCGGGAGAAGGAUACUGGCAUGACGGGCACUGCACGGAUCAGCUACGAAGAUUUCCUCAUGAUGUCUGCUUCUCGCAUGCUGUGAAACCUUUCCAUCUAAGAAAGAGAGGGUGGGGGUAACACUGAGGACCCUGCAUUGGAUGGUUGGCUUUCCAGCAAGACAGAGAAGGGAAGGCCACCGUGUGCACAAGGUGUUGGGGAUGAAGGAAACUGAAACAGCCAUCAUUUAUUUUUAUGAAGCUGAAUGCCUCACAAAUGGACUCUUUGACAUUGUUCUGCAGAUAGAUUUGAUUGUUGUGGAUUGUUGUUGCAUCAUGUAACUCCUAAGGGAAGAAAUUGUUCACUCUGUCAGAUUUUCCCAAUGGAAAUUCUUCCAGAUACACUGGAAUUUAAUUCCCAGAAUCCUUCAGCCAGGUUGGUUGAAGAUUCUGUUUGAAUUGAAGUCCAAAAUAAUCUGGAGGCACCAGGUCAGAACAGCACCUGAUACCCUCUUCCCUAGAUUUUCUUCUUUGGCCCCGGGCAUAAAAUUAUAUCAACCUUCAAUUUAGGAUUAUCUUCUGGCUGUGGAGCAAGUAGCCCAGCAUAUUGAAUAAUAGCUCUUCUGAAUUUUCCACCUGCAUGUCACUAUGAAUUUACAUGGGUCUACCUUGAGCAGACCUGGAUUCCACAGUAGAAAGUGCCUGUAAGGACAGACUGAGGAUUCUGUCCCUGAUGCCCCUUUGAAAUCCAGCUCCCAGUUCGCUAUUAGGAGGUAGCCAGCAUUCCAUCCACCCAUCCUGCCAAAAUUUCUUUUUUGAGUGGACGUUCCUGGUUAUCUUCAUCUCCAGGUUAUCACUCUUUGCGUCAAAACUACAGGUCCUCUUGCCAAUCAUUAACUUAGGUGCUUGUCUUUUUUCGUGCCAAUGUUUUGCUUGUAACUUUCAUAGUGGCCCAAAUCAUGGUUAACGAUGUGCUAGCCAGAGAUGUAUGAUUUAUACUUGAAUGCAAUGUACAAUAAACAAUCCCAAGCACUGUGA